AUGGCGGAGUGUGGGCGGUGUGGUGUAUAUGGGUGUCAUCAUAGUCCGGAUAACGACCAUCCAGAGGAGUGUAAAGUGUGUUUUGACAAUUAUGAUGAAGAACUACGACGGCCACGCACUCUGCCGUGUGGCCACACAUUCUGCUCACAAUGUAUUGAAGAUACAAUAAAUGAUGUUCAACUAACCUGUCCCAGCUGCCGUGCUGAGCACAGCGCCACAGCUGCUACUCAAUUCCCAAUCAGCUACAUUGUGGAGGCCUUCAUAAAGAAAUUCAAGGAUACCCAUCUCACACCAGCGGGCGCAGUGUUAGCAAAAUGUGGUCAAGAUCGCAAAAGAGGCUUCAGCGAAAAGCUACAGUCUAUGGUACAGGAAGAGAAGAGCAGUAUCAAUAACCUAAUAAGUGAGUGUGAAGAAAUGCUGUCCCAGUUGGGCAAGUACCAGGGGCUGGUGAGGGACUGGAAUACCCUGCACCACCAACUGCAGGACAGACUCUAUGAUCUGAUGGAGAAGAACAUGGCAGCAAUAGAGCUCCUGGAACAGGAAGAUAUAAGUGUGGUGAAUAUGACAACAGAAGGAGAGGAUGGAAAGAAGCAGCUGCAGACCAUGCUGGAGUGCCUCGACACAGUCACCACUGCACAGGAGGUAUUUGCAGUCAUUGAUGAAGCUGAUCAGAGCAACAUGGAGGCUGAAGAUUGGAUCCAGAAGUGUCAGGAACUCUUCCCAGAUGUCAACACUAUCUCUACUUCAGUGAAGGUGCAGGAGACUAUCAAGAAGGUUUUCAACAUGACCACAGAGACAGGUGCCACAGCUGUCUCUGUCCUGGAAGAUUCUAGCUCAACAAUCAUGGAGACAGUUGGGAGAAUUACUGGUGAAAUAUCUCCCAAGAAAUUAACUGUUGAUGAUCUUCGUGGGAUGAGUGAGAGCAUCAAGAGGCUGGUGGAGGCUGGCCUGGUGUUGGGUGUCCACCAAGACCAAGAUGACCUCCGCUACUCCAGGAUAACUUUACAAGAUGGUCAUCUGUAUCUCCACACUCUCCAGCACCAACCACCACAUUACCACACUAUCCAGGUGACGGAGGUGAUGGAGGCACUGGAGUCGUCCUCCACUCUGGUAUUUCUUGACCUAGCCUGGCCUGGAUCACCCAGACAAAGAGUGCACAUCCAGGUGAAUACUGACACCAUGAUGGCCAGACAGUUUCUGUUGUUGUGCACUGGACAGCAGCAGCAGUCAGGCUCUUCCUCAACACUAAACUGUUGAAGGUGUGGCACAAGGAUGAGCCAGGGAAGCAUGUGAUGGGUGGAGACUACCAGUACAAUAAUGUUGAGGGAGGAGCACCACUGCUGCCUCACCAGCGUGGUCACAAGUACAAGAAGUCAGGCAGUGCUGGUGCUGUGUUGUCAUGGUAUGACCCAUGGAGUAACAAGAGUGCACAGUUCUGUAUCAUCACCAGGAACCUCACAGAUGGUCUCGAGUGGUCCAGUGUCUUUGGUAAGGUGGUGAGAGGCAUGGAAGUGGUGAGAGCAGCAGUCAACCACAGGGACAUCACAGAGGUGACUGUUGUGGACUGUGGUGUUUUGAUGUCUCUCUAGUUCACUGUAUCAUCACUAUUGUGUGUCACUAUCAUUGCUGUAUAUCACCAUCAAUACACUGAAGCCACAUUCACUGCAGUGGUGUGUCACCAUCGCUAGAGUCGUGUUUCACCAUAACUGAAGUGGAAUGUCACUAUCAGUACAGGUCUCACCAUCACUUGAGUAGUGUCACUACAGAGGUGUUACCAUAAGUACAGUGUUGUGACCACUACAGUGGUGUCACUAUGGAGGUGCCACCAUGAGUACUGUGUUGUGGCCACUGUUACGCGCCCCUCCUUCACACUCUAUUAUAUACAAAAAUAAAAGGCCUGGUUAAAAUAAGUUCUGUAAUAAUAUAUCGCGAACCACUUCAUUACUAGCUAGAUAAAGCAGGUUCGACUAUAUAUUAUUAUCGGGUACAGUAUGAAUCAUCAAAAGUACUCUCAUUGUAUUAUAUUGUAUUAUAUUAUAUUAUUAUAUUAGGUUAGGUAUUACGAAUAUGUAACCACUACUGUAGUGACCAAUUGGUGGUUCCAGAAUUGACGCCACGCGUCGCCUUCUGGCCGAGCUGAAGUCAGACUAUGGAGUAGUUGAGCGGGGCAGUCAGCUCCUAGCUCUGACUCGGUACGGGUCUUCAACCCAAAGCUCUUAGCUUAAACUAAAACUGUAAACCAAGUCUAUUGUCUUGCCUAUGCCAUUAAUUUCCUGAAGUCUGGUAUUUCAUGUCUCUUAUGAAAGAUAACUAUUUCGUCAUCCUAGACCUUUCUAAAAGCGAUGCUGUAUAGUCCUUGUGGCUUAGCGCUUCUUUUUGAUUAUAAUAAUAAUCUAAAAGCGAUGAAUGGUGAAAUUAGUGGAUUAUCAAUUGAAAUUAUUGUAUCAUACUCUGUUAAUAAGAAUUUGAACGUAAGAUUAGGUUUCUUGCUAUAUAGUAUUUCAUUUAUAAUUGCUUGUGGCUAUUUGAAUUCACUAACCAAGUACGAAUGAAACUAAAUGAUUGGUAAUAAAAUAAAACUAACAAAAAAAAAAAAAAAGUUAUUUGCGCCUCUGUUGUUACGGUGAAGAUUAAGUCGUAACAACCACUGCAGUCAUGUCACCAUCACUACAGAGGGGUCACUGCAGUGAUCUCACCAUAAGUACUGUGUUGCGACCACUACAGUGGUGUUCACUACAGAGGUAUCACCAUCAGGACAGUGGUGGCACAGUCACAACAUUGCUGUCAUCAGUUUUAAAGUAAUUUAUUCGUAACUGACCAAUUCUUCAUUUGUAACUUGCAUCAUUGCACUUAUGAUUGUAAUGUCCCGACUUAAAGUAUGUAUUAAGUCUAAAUAUGUCCUUAGGCAAAUAGAUAAAUUAAAACCUAACAAAUCCCCAGGCCCUGAUGAACUGUAUGCAAGGGUUCUAAAGGAAUGUAAAGAGGAGCUUAGCACACCUUUGGCUAAUCUUUUCAACAUAUCACUACAAACUGGCAUGCUGCCAGGUAAGUGGAAAAUGGCAAAUGUGAUACCUAUUUUCAAAACAGGUGACAGGUCCUUAGCUUCGAACUAUAGACCAAUAAGCCUAACCUCCAUAGUGGGGAAAUUUAUGGAAUCAAUAAUUGCCGAGGCAGUUAGUAGCCACCUUGAAAAGCAUAAAUUAAUCAACGAAUCUCAGC